AUGGCAUAUACUAUGAGAGAAUACUCAUUGCUAUUUGUUUUUAUAAUUAUGUGGCUGUUGGUUAAAGCUGAAAUAGAUGUGUGCAAGAAUGGAGACGUGACUGUGAAGCCUUCCCAUGUAAUUGCACUUGGAUCAGCUGUGAAUAUUUCGUGCUCAUUGAAUCCCAGAGAAGGCCGCUCACGCCUUUCCAGUUCUGACAAGCUAUUCCUCUACAAAUUCAAUGAGGCAAUUUACUUUCAGAAUAGUAGCUCCCUCAGUUUUCAAGUCACUGGCCUUCCCCUGGGAAAAACCUUGUUUCUCUGCAAGCUGGACUGUGGCAGGAGGAAUAAGGAUCCAAUAUGUGGGGUCGAGAUCUUCGUUGGUGUUAUUCCAGAACAGCCUCAAAAUGUAUCCUGCACACAGAAAGGAGAGCAUGGGACGGUGACUUGUACUUGGGACAGAGGAAGAGACACCCACCUAUAUACUGUCUAUACUUUGCAGUUACAAGGACCAAAAAAUUUUACUUGGCAGAAACAAUGUAACAAUCAUUUUUGUGACCCCUUGGAUCUUGGGAUGGGCCUUAACCCUGAAUCACUUGAAUCCAAUUACACAGUCAAGGUUACCGCCAAGAAUAGCCUUGGAAGUUCUUCAUUUUCAUCCACAUUCACAUUUCUGGACAUAGUGAGACCUCUUCCUCCGUGGGACAUUGGAAUCAAAUUUCUAAAUACUUCUGAGAGAAGAUGUCGUCUUCAUUGGAGAGAUGAGAGACUGGUGCUGCUUAAUCGACUCAAAUAUCGGUCCAAUAAAGACAGGUCCUGGCACAUGGUUAAUAUUACACAUGCCAAAGGAAGACAUGAUUUGCUUGAGCUGAAACCAUAUACAGAAUAUGAAUUUCAGAUUUCCUCUAAGAUUCAUCUUUAUAAAGGAAGUUGGAGUGAUUGGAGUAAACCAUUGAAGACCCAAACACCAGAAGAAAAGCCUAUUGGAAUUUUGGAUGUCUGGUAUAUGAAGAAGCACUUUGACAACAAUGGACAACAAAUUUCUGUUUUCUGGAAGAAUCUGAGUCUAUCCGAGGCAAGGGGGGAAAUCCUCCACUAUCAGGUGACCUGGCAGGAGGUGGCAUCAGGAAAGGCCAUGCUACAGAACAUCACAAGACUCACCUCCUGGACCUGGAACACUUCCAGAACUGGGAGCUGGACUGUAACUGUGGCUGCAGCCAACUCGAAAGGCAGUUCUCUGCCUACUCGAAUCAACAUAACGGAUCUGUGUGCGGCAGAGUUGCUGGCACCUCACUCGGUCUCUGCACACCCAGCGAGCAUGGACAGCAUGGUGGUGACAUGGGAGCCUCCUAAGAGGGCCUCUGCUAUUCGAGAAUACGUGGUGGAAUGGCAAGAGCUCCAUCCUGGGGACAGUUCACAGCCCCCUCUAAACUGGCUGCGGAGUCCCUCUCACAACCUGUCAGCUUUGAUUUCAGAGAACAUAAAACCCUACACCUGUUAUAAAAUCCGUGUACAUGCGCUGUUAGGGGACAAGACAGGAUGCAACUCCACUCUGCGUGACACUCAGCACCGAGCACCCCUGAAAGGCCCCCAUAUUAGUGAAAUUACAGAGGAAAAGGGAGGCGUUUUGAUUUCAUGGAACAAAAUUCCAGCCCAGGAGCAAAUGGGCUGCAUCCUGCAUUACAGGAUCUACUGGAAGGAACAGGACUCGGAGUCUCAGCCUCGGUUCUGUGUAAUUCCCUAUACAAUAUCCGAAAAUUCACACUCCAUAAACAGUCUGCAGCCCAGAGUGACAUACGUCCUGUGGAUGACAGCUCUAACAGCUGCUGGUGAGAGCCCCAGAGGAAAUGAGAAGGAAUUCUGCCUGCAAGGUAAAACCAAUUGGAAUGUGUUUGUGGCACCAAGCAUUUGUAUCGCUGUCAUCCUCGUGGGCAUGUUCUCAAGGCAUUCCUUCCGGCAAAAGUUAUUUCUUCUCCUGUCCGCCCUCAGGCCUCAGUGGUGCAGCAGAGAAAUUCCAGAUCCAGCUAAUAGUACUUGGGCUAAAAAAUAUCUCAUUGUGGAGGACAAGAUGCAGCUGCCCUGGGACAAGCUCCUGGGAGCCAAACACACUCCUGAAGAACCUGAGACACUGGUCAUCAACGAGGUCAUUCAUCAAGUGACUCCAGACUUCAAACGUCCACACUGCUCCAACCGGACAGAAGAGGGACAAGAAAUCCAAAGUCACCAUAUGUCUAAGGAAGAUGCAACACCUCUAACGGUCCUCACAACAGAGACAAAACACCUAGGGGAUCUGUACAAGAUCCUGCUGGGCAAGGGCCCCGACUCAAAGCCCAGAAAUCCAGCCAGCCCCUUGACAGUGCUCUCUGUGGACUACUUGCCCACCCAGGAGGGCUACUUACCCUCCAACAUAGAUUAUCUCCCUUCACAUGAGACGCCUGUCCCUGAGCCUCUGGAAGAACAGGAGCCUCAGCACAUCACCCUUUCGGUUUUCCCCUCGAGUUCCUUUCAUCCCCUCAACUUCCCCUGUGGUGAGAAGCUGACUCUGGAUCAGUUAAAGAUGGGGUGUGGCUCCGUUAUGCUCUGA